AUGCUCGGUCCUAUUUUCAAGCAGUACCGUGUCCUCGACCUACAGGAUGACACUAUUUCGGCCAUGACCGAACUAGGUGAUAUCAUGACUGGAAUCCCCGUUUUAGACCAGUCCAACCUGUUAGGUCGCUUACAGCAGGCAUUCAAUAAUGGACUUGGUAGUGUUCGCGCUCUCGUUCUUAUCCACGGUGAUCGAAAGCUUAUCGUUGACAUGAAAGUCCUUUCUGAUUCAUCUCUUGGAUGCCCGCCAGUGUUACAUGAAGCAAUACUGAGAAGCAAUAAGUCAGUAUUAGAGCAGAUCUUAUCGAAACCCGAGAAAAUUAAUGAGCUGGAUGAAGAGGGGAGGACAGCGCUUUUCUCAGCAGUGGCGGUCCGUCGUGAGGAGGUGGUUGACCUGCUACUCCAGAAAAAUAAAAUAAAAGUUAAUAUAAUAGAUAUGUACGGGAGAACAGCUUUGGAUGUUGCCGUCGCAGCAGAUCCGUCUAUAGCGAUGCGACUCCUCCGUAACGGUGCCUCGCCGAUAGUGGGUAUUGACAGUGGUAUUUUGAACCUACUUUCGGCUUCAGCGGAAGGACAUCGAGCCGAAGUGGAGGGUCUCCUCCUGGACUCUGGCGUUGAUGUCAAUGGUUGCGAUCGACUCGGACUCACAGCACUUCACGAAGCAGCCAGCUUCGGCCAUGAUAGUAUCGUCACUCAGCUUAUACAGCAUGGCGCGGAUGUCAAUGUGAGGGUCGCGCUGGGGAAGGAUACAGCACUACAUAUAGCAAUCAGGAGAGAUGACAACUAUCGUAGAUUCAUAGGCCAGGGUAUCUGGAGUAAAUCUACAGUGCUUACUAUCAACUAUAUCGAAGUAGUCAAGGCUCUUUUACGGAAUGGAGCUACUACUAGUCAAAGGCGGCAUGAUGGGCGUACUGUGGAGGAUCUCGUGACAGGAGGACCUUUCCAAGCCUGGUUUGUCCGAAGAUCGAAAACACUCUCUCCAAAAGAUUCUAAAGACUUUGAAGAGUCCCCCUAA